AAAAGAAAAAAGAGGAAAUAGAUUUCAGAAACCAUUUUCUAAUCUAAUCUCCUCUCGUAUCUCUUUCUCUCUCUACUCGGAAGAAAACUCAAAAAGAGCAGCCGCCGAUGGCGAUGCCAGAGUCAGACCCAGUUAAGAAUCUAUCUUUGCCGCCGGGAUUCCGGUUUUAUCCGACAGAUGAAGAGCUAUUGGUUCAUUAUUUGUGCCGGAAAGCCGCAGGAAAUGAUUUCUCUCUGCAACUUAUCGGAGAAAUCGAUCUUUAUAAGUUCGACCCAUGGCUUCUUCCAAGCAAAGCUACUUUUGGAGAGAAAGAAUGGUACUUUUUCAGUCCUAGAGAUCGGAAAUACCCUAACGGUUCACGGCCGAACAGAGUUGCAGGUUCUGGGUAUUGGAAAGCUACUGGAACGGAUAAGAUCAUUACCACCGAUGGCCGGAAAGUUGGAAUCAAGAAAGCUUUGGUUUUCUAUAUUGGAAAAGCUCCGAAAGGAACGAAGACGAACUGGAUUAUGCAUGAAUAUCGGCUUUCAGAACCAACAAGGAAGAACGGCAGUACUCGAUUGGAUGAUUGGGUUCUGUGUCGGAUCUACAAGAAAAACUCGAGCAUCCAGAAAUCGCCAUCGGGUGUUUGGAAGAAAGAACAGAGUCAUGCUUCUACAUCUUCAUCGUCUUCCCAAUUAGAUGAUGUCCUUCACUCUCUCCCUGAAAUUGAUGAUCAGUUCUUCGAUCUUCCUAGGAUCAACUCUUUCAAGAACCUUCAAUUUCAAGAUGAGAAACUAAACAUCCAAAAUCAAAACCCUUGGAAUGGGAAAUUCGAAUGGAACAACAAUAUGAGCUCGUCGUUUGAACCUGUCAACACCAACCAGAAGCCAGCGAAUGAGCUCUACUUUCCAUCUCUUCCGCCGCUUCGCCAAGUGGAAUCUUCAUCGGAAAAGUUCGAGAGUUCAAUCGAAGAAGAAGUGGAAAGUGGAGUUAGGUCGCAGCAACAACGAUUUGAUAAUUCUAGCUUCUUUCAGCCAAAUUCAAACAUGUUUGCUCAUCCAUUCACUGAUUCACUCGACCCUUAUGGAAUCAAGUAUUCUCUGCAUUCAACAUCCGGGGACUUCAUAUAUCGGCAAUGAAAUCAAACAAAGCAAGGAUUCAGAUUUCUUUCGAGAGAUAAGGAACCCAUGAUCAUCCAAGCUGCAACUCCCCUCGAACUGUGUCAGAUUUAAAAGAACCAAAGGGGAGGAUAGAUACUUGUUGUGGUCCUUAAUUUGCAGGAUCCAAAAUAUAAUUUGCAAGUUCAUUGUAAAUAUUAUUUUUCUCCUUUUGGUUUCACUUUUCAUCCAUUGGAUAUUUGUUAUUGGUUCUUGGAGAUAAUAGAAACGCCCUGAUUCUUUUGUGCUGAGCUUA